CUUGCACUUUUAAAAAGCGUAGUAAUAAAAAGAUUAAAAAACGGCAAAGUGAAGGUUUAAGUAGCAUGUUAUGCCCAAUGCAGCAAAAUACCGCUCACCCGAUUUUAUUUUAUUCAAUGCCGAUGCGCAAAAUUUUGGCCAAAAUUGUCUAUAAAAACUUACAUUCAACUCCACCAAAUUAGUAUUCAAGCCACAGACUUCAGUGUGGGAGGACAAAGUAAGCUGCAAAUUUUGUAAAUUUUUUCUAUCUACAUAUUACCAUCACAUAAACGAAAUGGCUUUCAAGUACUUCGUCGCUGCAUUUUUAAUCAGCACUGCGCAAGCUGGCAUCUUUUCAGUGCAGGAGCAGCAUGCUUUUCCUUUGGAGCAUGCUCAGCACCAUGAAACAGCAGCUGUGUAUCACCAUGCACCUGGACAAGUGGCUCAUCUAUCUCAUGCGCCCGCUCACACCGUUCACUUGGUACAAAAGCAGCAACCUGCUCAUGAGCAAUAUCCCGACGAUCCUCAUCCUCAGUACAACUUCGCCUAUGAUGUUCAGGAUGCCGUGUCCGGUGAUUCUAAAAGCCAAUCUGAAAGCCGUGAUGGCGAUGUGGUCCAUGGCGAAUACUCCUUAAAUGAUGCUGAUGGUUUCCGCCGCACUGUCAAAUAUACCGCAGAUUCUGUCAAUGGCUUCAAUGCUGUUGUAGAACGUGAACCUCUCACCCACAAAGUGGUCGCUGCUGCACCUGUACAAUAUCACCAUGUUCCAGCUACUGCUCAAGCGUAUGCCGCAGUGCCAGCUCAACACCAGGCCACUGUCCAUACAAGCUACGAAGCUCCUCAUCAAGAAGAGCAACAAUACUACCAUCAUUAAGUUACUGAAAUACUACUUUGCAGCUAAGCUCCUUGCUCUUGCCGUUUUGAUAAAAAUUUUGUAGAAAAAAUUACUCAGAAAUAAGUAUUUUCCAUUAUAUAAAUGUAAGUGCAUAAUAAACAAUUAA